GAGGAUCCAAUGAAAAAUACUUCGGUCAUGUAUUCAAAGUUUCAAACCCAUGGAAGGUUUCUCGAAGGUUCCAAUCUAAAAUAUCUUGCUCAUGUAUUCCUAUAAUAUGUGGGCUUAAUAAUUUGUCCGUCCACGGUAUUGAGGAGUACAAGAAACACUUCCCACCGUUCAUGUCUCCUGAUCUUCCAUUCUCUCAUUUCUUAAGCUUCCUAGUUUUAUUCAUUUGCAGGGGAGACUGCUAUUCCAGUUUUCAGAUGUUUCCUUAGGAGAAUUGAGAUACUAGUUUAUUCAUUAUGUAUGUUACUCGACCAUUAUCACACUAUUUGCAGGCUGCCAAAGAUGGAAGCUUGGUGGGUCCGGAGCCCCCGGAGGGUCCUUUCUCCGGCUACCUUCUUCUGCGAGACUGUGGGGAAGAUUCAGUUGUAAGCACUUGCUGCUGCGGAUUAUGCGAGGAUCCGAAAGUGAGGGAGCUGCCCUUUCCACAGGACAAGUGCAUUUGUACCUCUUACACUCUGUAUCUCGGAGAUAGCACCAUCGUUUACACCGAUUACGCCUUUUUCAUCCCCGUCCUCGGCCAGCCCUUGUCAUCUAAUGUCUAUUAUGUUGUCAAAGCAAAUGGCAAACAUAAGGGGUUGGUGUGCACUUGUUCACUGGAGGAAGAGAGGACAUCCUUCUGCUGGUGUAAAUGUGUGAAUGACAAGAAGCCAUGUCCUCUCAAUCCUGAUAAUAUCUAUCAACAUAUCAAUGUUAUUCCUAAGAAAAACCUUUUUUCUAAAGGUUAUACUAGCAAGUCCGUAGCAUCAGAUGGCCGCCCACCGCUUUUCCUACGAAGGAAGGGGUGGGUAAGUGAUAUUUCAAAAUCAGAGAGUGUAAAAUUGGAUCGAGCCGAAGGCAUGAAUUUUGCUCUUCGAGCACAACUUCCCCCUUUGAAUCUCGCAAUCCCGCAGAAGAGCUCGACAUGCAUCAAAAUCGGGGAGUGGUAUUGUCCUUUCAUCUUUGUUAAGGAAAAAGGGGGGCUUGACAAGCCAGAACAGCAAUUGAAGGAGAGCAUGUAUUAUAAGAUGAGCUUGGAGCAGGAAUGGGAGGAGAUCCACAGCUGUCAAGGGUUUGGAGGUGGAACAGUGAUGGUGGAUACAUUUGUUAGGAAAGAAGAAGGUCGAUUAAAGGGAAAUGAGGCAACAUAUGAAAGACGAGACCAUGAGAAUGGAUUUUUGUGGUUUGAAACAAAAGAAAAAAAUGGUGUGCAAGGAGGACUAAUGGGAAUUGGCCUGAGCAAAGUAAUUAUGGAGAAGAUGAAAUGGGACCAAAAUAUCAGGGGAAAUGGAGGGGAUGAGAAGGAUGUGAGAGUGGAGAGUGCCCACCACCCUAGUCAUAAAGGUCAAUGGACCUUCGCCUUAUAUGUCUUGGUGGAGAGGUAUAUGUUAAGGAGAAUGGAUGAGAGCUUGGUCUUCAGCUAUAUUUUCAGGAAUCCACACCAACUGAGAGAAAAGUGGGGAUAACCAUGAAAGGAUCACCUUCUUAAUCUCAACAAUAAAUCUAAUGUGGUGUAUUUCUCUUUGUGUAAUUUAGGUGUCAAGAGGAUUUUUUCCAGUAUGGUUAUUGUAUGGUGUUUGUUUUCACAACUAUCAUUUUAGUGUGUUUCUUUGUAUGGCGACACUAUGGAAUAUGGUGCAUGGUUUCAAUGGUUAA